AGCCUCUAAAUUGCUCCUCAUCCUAGUCACUAACCUGGGAACAGGACGGAGACGAGUGCAUAUCAUGUUUAGCCGCUGGCGCCGUACUUGCUCGCUGUUCCUCAAUUGUCAUUAUUCCUAGCCCGGUACAUUUCCGGCCAACUUACAUCUAACCAUUGUUUAUCUGCCUUUUUUUCUCCGCGGUUGAUCUUCUCCUUACCCUCUGUCGGGUUAAUUCAUUUUAGAGCGCCUGCGAACUUGACUUGAAGUCUAUUUUUCUCAACGCAAUUCGGCCCUCCAUCAUAGGCCACCUUCGUUUACCGAUGACCAACUCAUCAACGGCCAGCGAUCCCGUGAUCGCCUGUACAAAACCUUCUUUCGAUACAGCAAAGCAACCUUCCCCGGGUUUCAAUACUACCUCAUCAACCACCCGUGAGCCGGAGACUGUCAGCACGAGUGGCUCCAACAAGAUCUUCCGAACCCGGGGCAUUUUCAAUAGAGUACUCCUAUUCACAACCGCGGCCGCCGUCGCAUGGGUGGCUUGGGCAGCCUCCCAUCGGGGUGACUGCUCUCUCGUCUCGGGCGAGAUCGAUGGCUGGCGGUACGAGUACCGUGCUCCGGGCGGCAAUUGUGAUACUUCCCUCUCCCGGCACAUCCUCGAGUCAGCAAUUCGCCAUUAUCUUUCGAAAGAUGAAAAUAGCAACAGAGCAUGUGACACGCAGUGUUUGUCGAUGGACCAGGGGCAAUCUCUUAAGGGUCACGUGAAGAUUGGAAAGGCGGAGGUCUUCAAUGCCUCCGCCUAUUGUUGGCCGACAUGGGAUUUGGAAGGUUGCGGUUUGAAAGCAGCAAACGACUUUUGAGAGAGGGCUCCGGGGGUAAUUCGAAUAAUGUGUAGGAGAACUAGGUGUGUGAAAAAAGGCUUCGUGAUGAUUACUUUCUAGUUUGUUGUGCUGCACAAAAGAAGGCUCAAGUCUGGGGAGUCGUAGUGUACCUGGCUCUCGGCUAGGGUUAGGAAUGGGACUGGAUAGAGGGAGCCUUUUUUUUUUACUUGGUACAUUCGCAUUAGCUCUAUUUGAAGCCAUCUUUACACCAUA